AGUAUAGUGUAUCUUUAUAACUAGUAAACAAACACAAUUAUUGAUUUCAGAUAUUAGUACUAUACAUGCCUUCGUAGUCACGUAAAUUUGAUUUAAAAUAUCGUGAAGGGAAGGGAAUAUUCGUUUUCGUAAAGAUGUGCACGAUGCUUGCAACUUUAACUAGUCAGACAGUAUUUAUCCCGCGGGAAAUCAUGUAUUUUAGUAGAAAUAUAUCGCGAUUUUAUCACAGUCGUCAAAAAUUAUGUUGCGUGGAUAAUUUUCUGUUAGGAAAGCAUUCUUUAUUUUCGUUUCUUGUUGAUACGUGGAGUAUACCGAGGACAUGUUAUAGCGCGGGAAGCAAAAUAAAUUUUCCUGAAUCCUUAACGAAGGAAAAGGCAAAAGAAGUAGCUUCUAAGCUUACCUCGGAAGAACGAGAUCUGUUUUUAAAAGUUCUUGAAGAAUGUAAAUCAGAAGAGGAUAGAGCUGGAUAUCAACACCAAUUAGCUGCUUUUCGAUGGUGUAAUAAACUUGGACGACCUAGCAAAAUAUCAUUAGGGGAUAUGGAUCCUACAGGCACUUAUUGUCCUGUACCAGAAGAUUGGUUUAUGCGCAAGUAUGAGCCACACUUAGCUGAAACUGUUCCAGAACCAACUACAAAAGAUCUAGUAUUAGUUGCAAUUUCAAAUGCAAUUCCAUUCAUUGGCUUUGGCUUUCUUGACAACUUCAUCAUGAUUGUUGCUGGAGAUCAAAUUGAAAUAAUAUUGAAUAAAAAAUUUCCAAUAUCGACUAUGGCAGCUGCCGCGUUAGGAAAUACGAUAUCUGAUAUAAUAGGAAUUGGGUCUGUACAUUAUGUAGAACGUUUUGCUCAAAGUAUUGGUUUUAAAGCACCAAAACUUACUCCCAUGCAGUUAAAUCUACAUAGAACAAAAGCAGCCGCUAAUUUGGGACGUGUUAUCGGAGUUACAAUUGGCUGCAUUAUCGGGAUGACACCUAUUCCUAUUUUUUCCUAUUUUCAUAACGGUGGUUGAAAUUAUAAAUAUUAAACGCUUAAAAACCUUUACUAUUAUUACAAUAUUUACUUUUUAUAGUAAAUUGACAUACAAUAGUAGAGAAAAAAUUAUCAACUUACGAUAUACUCAAGACCAAAUUUCGUAAUUAUUUGCAACAUUAAUGUAUGACAAUCAUAGCGUUUAUGUAAUAUUGUGUAAUUUCUGUACAAUGAAUGUAUUUAAUGUAUACAUAAUGUAUAAA